AUGGGCUGGCUCAUCUUCGACGGUAUCAGUGUUCUUUAUGUGUUGACACUAUGUUUGUUGAUGAUAAUAAUAAUGGCCAUCUUCGUACAGCGGCAGAUUCUACGACUUCGUAAUAAUAGUGCCAGACAGCGGCCGAACGUCUCAUUACGGCCUAUAUCAAAAAAGUCAUGUAUUGGCAUCGAACAAAUGUUAGAGGCAGUGGGAACAAUGCGAAAGUCGUAUCUACCGCGGCUGACUGAUUGUACUACGAUAGGUCAACGUGAGUUUUCCGUCGCAUCUGGCUCGAUUUUUUAA